GCCAGGAACCGGAUUCCGUCCCUAACAACGGCCGAGUGGAUGGGAGAGGAGAGGGGCCGCCGGCGCUGCUGUUGCUGCGGGGGGGUUGCUUCUUUUCGGUGCCAGUGACCAGGGUAUCUUGGGUUUUGAGGAGUUGGUGAAAAGGAGCGGAGCUGGGGAAGAAUUGUGAAAGUGCAGAAACCAGCUCCGUCCGUAGUUUACUGGAUGAAGGCUGGCAUGGCGGCGCAGAGGUAGAGUUGCUGCUUUACAGCGCCAGACACCAGGGUUUGAUCCUGCCUGCGGGUGCCGCCUACACGGAGUUGGUACGUUCUCCCUGGGACCACGUUGGAUUUCUCCGGGUGCUCCGGUUUCUGCCUGCACUCCAAAGACAUACCGGGGUAACAUUUGUCCGUAAUGGCAGAUCCUGAGCCGAGAAAGGAUGAGGCAGAUUCCAGGCGUCUUCAGACCUUCCCCAUCGUCAGACACUGCGAUAUGCCAGAGGAAAUGAAAGUGGAGACGAUGGAACUGUGUGUCACGGCUUGUGAGAAAUAUACUGGAAAUAAUGAGACGGCAGCCAAAAUGAUCAAAGAAACGAUGGACAAGAGGUUUGGAGCCUCCUGGCACGUGGUGGUUGGCGAAGGGUUUGGGUUUGAAGUCACCCAUGAGAUGAAGAACAUUCUGUACAUGUAUUUCGGCGGCAACAUGGCCGUCUGUGUGUGGAAGUGCACAUGACAUAGGAACUGAUGCAGGUGGACGUUGGCAGGGGAGAUGAAGAUGUCCAGUCCAUUUCAUCAUUAGUUCAGGUUAACAAUAACAUUACCAGCCCCUGGGUUGGAAAUGCAAGUCUUCAAGGAAUGUUUUGAAAUUCUUCCAUUUUUUUAAAAAAACAAAAAAUGUUUUUGAUGUUGUGAUAGAAAUCCUCGAACUUGUAUUUUAACAUGUUUUAAUUAAAAAAACCAUUGAAAGACAGCA